GGACAGCACACAACAUUCCUCCCAGCAACUAUAAAAGCAUACAUAUAGCUUUCUAAUUCUGCGACGGCUCCUGCUCGAAGGGUCCUCAACUACAUUUAGCUCAACCGUCCUCACAAUGCACAGCGUCGACGCGCCAUAGGAUACGCUUAUCACAGGGACUACAUUUACUGCAGAGUUACUGAGCUCGUAGACGGCGAACCGUUAACCUUGAGAAAUGGGCUGCGGGGCAUCAUCUAGCAAGGGCGGUGCACCCACCGCGAUUGCGCCCAGCGAACUAAAGACUGGGAGUGUAUCGACACCCCAAAAGGCACCGCAGAGUCCAUCAGCUGCUGCUGGUGCUGCUUCCGCUCCGACAUCUCCAGCUCCAGCAACCCCCCCAGCCCCGGCAACCACCCCAGCUGCGUCGCCGCCACCCGCCACCGCGCCCCCACCUGCACCCCAGCCCGCAGCGCCUGCCCCGCCCUCACCCUCACCUCCGUCAGCCACCGAGGGAUCAGCUCCAAAGCGGCCGCCCAGCGCCACUCGACCCGCCAGCGCCACCAAGCAAGCCUCGCCUCCCGCUCCUCCCUCUCCCACCCCCGCCCCUGCACCCGCGCCCGCGGCUCCUGCAGCCCCCGGCGCCGCCGCCUCCCCAGCCCGCCCGGCAUCGGCACCCAACGCGCGUCCUGCGCCCUCGCCGCUGCCGGCGCCCCGAGUAUCCGACGCACAUGGAUCGGCGACGCCGUCAGCAGCAGCGGGCUCCGGAGCGCUGGCAUCCCCUUCGGAGCCGCCGCUAGGGCGGUUGCCGCCGCUGCCCGGGGCAUCCUCGGGGCCUGCCGCGGUCCCUCCUCCGAAGGCAGCCAGCGCGGCUGCAGCCCUCUUGGCCGGGGCGGGCAUCAUUCCCGCCGCCGCCCCUGCCGCGGCUGCCGCUGACGCCGCCGCCGCUCCUGCGGCCUCUCCCGUCAGUACGACAGGGGCUGGUACGACAGAUGCGCGACCUGCGCUGCAGGUGCCGCGGCUGUCGUCGGCGCCGCUGUCGUGUUUGGUGCCGCCGCAGCAACAGAACCAGCAGGCGGCGGCCAGCAGCGGAGCCGAGGACAUGCCCCCGGAGGCCCCCGCGCUCAUCCAGCAGCUGGCGUCCGGCGGCGCGGAGGAGCAGCGCACCGCUGCAGCGGCACUGCGGCAGCUGCUGUGCGGCAGCGGCAGCGGUGCGGCUGCCCCCCCGGGCCUGGUGCAGGCGCUGCUGGAUGCGGGUCUGGCGGCGGCACUGGUGCGCGGCAUCAAGGAGGGACCGCCCGAGGCGCAGCUGGACGCCGCCUGGGCGCUCACCAACGUGGCCGCCUCACCCGACUACUCGCACGCCGAGGCGCUGUGCAACGAGGCCGCCCCCGAGCUGCUGGUACAGCUGCUGGAGCAGCAGCGGCGGCAGGGGGGAGGGGGCAGCCGGGCGCUGCAGGAGCAGCUGCUGUGGGGUCUGGCCAACAUUGCGGGCGCCAUCAACCCCGAUCUGAAGACGCAGGCGCUGGCGGUGGAGGUCCUGGAUGUGGGUGCGCUGCCGCCGGUGCUGGCGGUGCUGGAGGCGGAGACGGAGGCGGCGGAGGCGGCGGGCGCAGGGCCGGCCUCCUCGCUGAUGCGGACCGCCGCCUGGUGCCUGCAUAACCUGGCUAAGCACAAGCGGGAGAAGGAGAUGGUUGACGCCAUCCCGCUGGUGACUCGGCUGCUGCUGGGCUGCGGGGACGGCGAGGUGCUCACGUGCGCCGCCUGGGUGCUGGCCUACCUGGGCAGCAACGAGGACAACAAGAGCCACAUCAAGCAGGCGCUGGCGGCGCUGCCGAGGCUGGUGCAGUGGGUCAGGGACGCCAACAGCAGCCUGGCCACCCCCUCGCUGCUCAGCCUGGGCACCAUGUGCACCGGCUACAUGCGCUCGCUGGACUACAGCGGGGACGUUGUGGAUGCGGGCGGUGUGUCCGCCAUGAUGUCGUACCUGCAGUCGGGCAGUGCGGGCGGGCGGCGGGACAUGGUGAAGGAGGCGCUGUUCGCGCUGAGCAACGUGGCAGGGGCCAACACGGCCACCGUGCGGGCCAUGCUGGAUGAGGGCGCCUUCCCGCCCGUGUUGGCUCUGCUGGCUGCCUCGGCCGGCGACGAGGAGAUCCUGACGGAGUGCCUCUACGUGCUGACCAACCCCUGGGACCCGCUGGUGGGGACGGAGGUGGCGUGCGUGCAGCAGCUGGUGUCGCUGGGUAUCCUGCACCAGCUGCACGCGCUGCUGCUGCCCGAGGCGCCGCCGGAGCGGCUGGGGCUGCUGCUCAAGGGGCUCGCGGACGGUCUCAAGCGCGGCCAGCAGCUGAUGACGCACGAGGCCAACAUGCGGCUGGUCACGCACGGGCGCGAGGCGGCCGCCGCCAUGCCGCCCCCCGCCAACCCCGUGGUGGAGCUGUACGUGCAGCUGGGCACGGUGGGGCGCAUCGAGGCACUCAACGGACACCCGGACGAAGAGGUGGCCACGCGCGCCAACGGCAUCCUCACGGUGCUCAAGUUCUUCAUGGCGUAGAGGGAGGAGGAGGUCUGCGGGACGGCUGGUGGGAGAAGGUGAUUCGGCGUGGUAUGGGAAGCAGCAGCAGGAGGAGGAGGAGGAGGGGGCGGGGUGAGGAGGAGUAAGGAGAGGAAACUCACGAGCUGUAUGGUGAGGAGGAGGGGGCGGGGUGAGGAGGAGGGGGCGAGGUCGCGAGGAGGAUCGAGUCCUGAGGGGGCUCAGGUGCUUGCUUUCUUCUUUGGUAACGUGCAGGGGGGUUGCUGUAAGGGGUAAAGCGGUUCAAGUUAGAGGGCAUGGAGGGAAGGAGUGCGAGCAGGAGGGGAGGAGUUGGGCGGGGGGCUGUAGUAAGGGAGGGGGAGUUGUGGGGAUGGGAAGGUGAGGAAGGAAAGCACAAACGACGAUGUGACCUUGACCGGCUGUUGACAGGUUAACCGAGGCGGAAGGGGUGUCCGAGCAGUUUAUAUAGGGACACGCUAUGGGUUUUGCAUGAAGGCUGUGGAGUGUUACCGGUUCGUUCGCGUACGGCACGUGACCUUACGGCCUCAAGAUUGCUAAAGCGAAUGAGAAGGUCGUUUGUGUGUGGGUGCAACCGGGGUGGGGAGCACACCACCGGUGCGAGGUGACGUGGAGCCAGCUCUGCCACAUUGGCAAGGAUGCGCGGAAGACUGUGGAGGAGCAGUGUGGCGUGCUGGAUGGGGUUUUCACGGAGGACUGGGCGAUGUGCGGAGAUGACAUCAUGGUGUACGGAGCACCAACAGAACCGUUGUGUACGGUAUGUUGCGAGGGGCAAACCAGUGGCGGUGUGUGGCGCGGUUUUGACAGGGUGUUGUGGCGUUGUCCUCCGUACCCCGGGGGCGUGUUGCCCGGGGGCCGCGCGGGGGAGGGCGAAAGAGGCACAUGAGGAGGCGAUCGGGGCCGGUGUGGCGAACGGCUGCCCGUGGAUUGUGUGGCGCGGUGCAAGGGGCAUCGCGGUAUCUGGGGGUAUUGGAGGUGAAGCCCUCUGAUGCACUCGUGGGCGGGCAUUUAG